CGAAUUAAGAGAAGAGAAUGCCCAAAGCCCAUUAGCCACUCACCGCUCUCUCUCUCUCUCUCUGAAAUCGCAAAGCAGGGGACUAGGGUUUCCAGCCACCGGUACCGCCAUCUCAGACCGACUUGUGCUACCGCCGACCAUCUCCGACACUUCUCUGUUCUCGGAUCAACCCGACCCCUCCAUCCGAGGGACCGCCGACGAUCUUCCUGCCCUCCAUUUCUCCGCUUAGCCCGACGCUUCCAUCUCCGGGACCGCCGAUGAUCUUCCUCCUCUCCUUUCUUCGCUCAGUCCAACGCCACCAUCUCCGUCACCGCGAGCCUCCGCCAGCCACUGUACUGCUCUGUCAUCUUCAUUCUCUUUGUAUCUAAACUCUUCCUCAUUUGCUCGCUUUUGUUCGUUAACUUGAUAGCUACCAAUGUCUCUAAAAUUCCAACAGUGGUAUCAGAGCAUUCAAUGAUCUUAAGGGGUCUGUGAGAGAGAACCCAUCAACGCCUUCUUAUUUCUAUGGCUUCCACCAACAUGUCAUCUCUUUCACCACCAGUUUUUGAUGGAGAAAAUUAUCAAGUAUGGGCUGUCAAAAUGAAAGCUCAUUUGAGAGGUCUUAGUUUAUGGCAGUGGGUCGAAAGUGAAAGGGAGAUACCUCCGCUUGGCAACAAUCCUACGCUCAAUCAAAUCAGAGCUCAUGAAGAAGCAGAAGCUAAAGCACCGAGGGCUUUAUCUCAAAUACACGCUGCUGUCUCCGAAUCAAUUUUCUCAAGAAUCAUGGCGUGUGAAACGGCUAAGGAAGCAUGGGAUAUAUUGAAAGAGCUAUAUCAAGGGAAUGCUAGAACGAAGAGAAUACAAGUGUUGAAUCUCAAAAGAAAUUUUGAGAUCCUUAGAAUGAAUGAAAAGGAUACAAUCCAAGAGUUCUCUGAAAAACUAAUGACGGUGGUAAAUAAAAUCAGACUUAUGGGAGAAGAGCUACCUGACAGCAGGAUCGUAGAGAAAGUCUUGAUAAGUCUACCUGAGAGGUUUGAGGCAAAAAUCUCCUCCCUUGAAGAUUCAAGGGAUAUUAGCCAAAUUACAUUGGCAGAAUUAAUCGGAGCCUUGCAAGCUCAGGAGCAAAGAAGGAUUAUGAGAAAUGAAGAAAGUGAAAAGACGGUGGAAGGAGCUUAUCUUGCCAAGAGUUCAUCGUCAAAGAAGAAAGGAAAAAUUCCAGAAUGUGACCAUUGCAAAAAACUUGGUCAUGAAGAGAAAGAUUGUUGGCACAAGGGGAAGCCUCAAUGCUUCCAGUGUAAAAGAUUUGGGCAUUUGAAAAAAGAUUGCAGAUUUAACUUGAAAGAACAAGCAAGUACAGUGAAGGCGAUUGAAGGGGCAAUUGAAGAGGAAACGCUCUUUUAGUUGGUAAGAAGUGCACCAAGAAGAAUUUUUUGGAGAGAAGUGCUCCAAGAAAUUGAAUUGUUUUUUUUUUUUUUUUUAACAUUUGAAGGAAGUAUUGAUUGUGAUGAGAAGUGCAUCAAGAAGUGAAGAGAAGUGCUUUACAAUUGGGAAGAAAUUUGGAGAGAAGUGCUCCAUACAAAGUUGAAGUUUUGCAACUUUGAAUCAAGGAGGAAUGUUGAAUAUUGAUUCAAAAUUGCUGAUUUAGUGGGUUGAUUGGGUCAAAAAAUCUGUUUACUGAUUUAGUGGAUUGAUUGGGUCAAAAUUCUGUUUACUGAUUUAGUGGGUUAAGAUAAUUUCGUUUUUUAAAUUUAAAUCCAACAAUAAAUCUUAUUUUCUUGUUAUUCAAUUGACAUGUAUUGCCUAUUUAAAGGCAUGAUGAUAUGAAUAAUAAAAAUGAGAUUACAACCUUUCACAUUCAUGUUUUUUUUUUCAGCUUUUGUUCGUUAACUUGAUAGCUACCAAUGUCUCUAAAAUUCCAACAAAGCCUUCGGGGUGGUAUGUACAAUUUAUCCAAAUGUAAAUUAGAAAUUAGAAAUUUAUAAUAUAUAAGUAGAUAAAUAGGUUGGGGACACCCAUUCCCGACCCUUUGCUUGUACCGAGCAAAUAUUUUAAAUAUCUCUUAGUAGUCCAAGAUCCUAGCUUGAUUUUAAGGGAAAUGAGGGAGGUCAACGGUGAAGAGAGUAGUUGUGCGAGGGAGUGGAGAGAGAAAGGGCAAUGAGGAGAAUACAAGAGAAAGAGGUUUUAUGUAUAAGGACGAUUUGUUCAUUUUAUAAUGCUUAAUGAAGUUAACUAACAACAAGGAGAAAAUUGUAACAUAGCAUGAAACCUCAAGGGUACUUGUUACAUUUUCUCAAACGUCAUAAGUAAUUCUUGCAAUUAUCUUAACUAACGGAUAUCAUGUGUAAUUUUCCUUUUUCAUUUUAGAUGCCACCCCCAUCCCCAUUAUACUAACAUAUUGCAAACCCUAAACUUGCUAGUCUGAAGGGAAUCACCACUAUUGCCAACUUGUCGAACUGAGGGAAUUGUCAAUUUGCAGGUGCUGAUUUGCCAAACUGAAGGAAGCUUGAAAACAAAAAUGGCAAACUUCCCUCUACUCUUACCUGUGUCACAGGUACAACAAGAGAUAGAAACACCUAGAUGGGAAAAAGUCCAAAAUUUUCUUAAGAAUCACUUGGAUUUUAUCCCAAUAGGAUCUUCAAAUCACCCAAAUGCAAUACACAUAGACACAACCCCUCUUCCUAUAAUGAUGUCUACAUCACUCUAGCAAUAUCUAUGCUUACAAACAUUCAUCUUGUGGAAUUCAGAUUCUUAGGGGCUCCUAACCACUUAAAUCUCUCAUCUGGAUUUUGUUUUCUGGAGAUCCCAAGAGGCAUUUUGUUAAUUUCUUAUUUGUUCUUUGUUUAUGGAUUUUCUUAUCUGUAUAUGUUUUGUGCUAUAACUUAAAUUAGAGAUUAAUUCGUUUGCAUCUUUAUUUGGGAAUGUGAAUUUUGCAUCCUUGUGAGUCAUUUGUUGUUUAUAGGGAAUAUAAAAUUUGGUGAAAGUUAGAAUCGUUAGGGUAGUGAAUUCAGUGGUUAAGUCUAAAAACUACAUUUACAGUUUGUGGUGUGUCAAGUUGGUUUAUUAAUGGAAUUGUGAACUCCUAUUUUGAUUGUUUUUGGGUCUAGAAUUAGUUGUCUUGCAUCAUAGAUUUGGUCCAUUUCAUGCUCUAUUCUCAGGUCUAUUGAAUCUUGUUUUGAGAGAGGGAGUUGAGAGUUGAUUUCUAUGGCUUUUGUAAAGAGUCAUCCUUCCACUUGUAUGUACUGGCCUCUGUAUGUUUGAUAAGUUUUGAACACUCAUUAACAAAUACCUUAGAAGAAAACCUAAUCCUCCUUUUGGAUGUAGAAUGUUCCAAUCAAUACAUGCAUUUUCUUCAUGCAUAGAACAUACACAUAAUAACAUUUAUAUUCUUCCCGUUUCUUUUUGUUCCACAAAUCCUUCUUCUGGUCCUUCUUGUAUUGUUGUGCUUUCCCUGUUGCUACUUUGUAUUUUCAUUUUGAUUUGCUUGUACUUUUGCUUACAAUUUAAAUUAUUGUUGUUUGCAUUAUGAAAUUGUUGUGAAGUUAUUUAAACUAGAAAUUUAUUAAAAUGAAAUU